AUGGGUUGCUUCACUCUCUCCACUCUCAAGAAUUUUCGAUUUCAUCGUCGAUCCAAACUCACAAAUAACGCAUCACUAUCGUCGGGUGCAAGAGACAAACAGACCCUCGUCGAUACGGUGGAUCGGAUCAGUGAACUCCCAAACGAUGUGUUGGCCAUGAUCCUAUCCGUUAUGGCCACAAAAGAUGUCGUCAAGACAAGUGUGUUGUCUAAACGAUGGAAGAAUGUAUGGAAAGAGGUACCCUACCUCUCCUUCGAUAUGAGAAAAGCUACCGUAACCAACAUGGACCAUCCGAUCGCUCAUUCUGCUCGUGUUGCCAAAACAAUAACAAAGGUUAUAAACAACCACAAUGUUCAUCUCGAGGGCUGCACAAUCAAACAUGAUGAUUACCAAUGUCACAACGGUGUGCUCGAAACUUGGAUUCGAUUACUUACUCUUCAGAAACAUACAAGGGCUCUCUCACUUAUAAACCUUGAUGCUAAUGCUAGGGGAGUCAAUCCGUUCCCAUUUUCCCCAAAAAUAUUCUCCCAUCCAGAUCUCGAAACACUCUGGCUAUGUCUAUACGAUUUAAAUACUCCAGUACCCUUCUACCGAUGUCAUAACCUCAUGAUUCUCAAACUUGACAAAAUCUCUACUGAGGUUGAUGUGUUAAACACAGUUAUUGCAUCGUGCCCCUCUCUCAAGGUGCUAGUGCUUGAUGUCAUGUGGGAUAACGGGAGGGCUUGCCUGAAGAUUCGUAACAAUAACCUAAAGCUCUUGCAUGUGGCUUGCUCUAAUGUUGAUCGUAUUGAGGUGCAUGCACCUCUUCUGGAUAUUUUCUCCCUUGACUACCAUUUUGAUGAUGCCCAAUGUAACGUCGUCAUCUAUGCCCCUAGCCUUUUGUUUACUACAAACUAUGGGCCUAACUUGGGGAGAGUACAAACCAUGGUCUAUAAUAUUUCAUGUAAAGCUCGGGAGCUAGAAAAUCUUGGGGACGAGUUCUUGGUGCAUAAAGCUGCUAACUUCUAUCAGCAGCAUAAAUACUUGGCGGUGGCCGUGGAUGUAAUGAACUGGAAAGAAGUUGAGAUGUUGCGAAAUGUUUUGGUCGCAUGGAAUGGAAUAAAGAAAGGUUUCUUUAUAUUAUUUAAGGAUAAGAGUGUUUCUAAGGAAGAAGGUGAAUCUUCGAUCGGUGGAACACAAGAGGAAAAGUGGGUGGAAAACCUGUUUAGAAAUGUUGAUUUCAGUGUGGAAUCUGUGCGGAUGUAUAAAUUCAGCGGUUCGAAUAAGAGACAAUUUGCAAUAGCUUCGCGUUUUAUAACGCAAGGGACCGUAACGAAGAAGAUAAUGUUCCUGACGUCUUCGGUUCCUGAAAAGGUGAAGUUAGAUACAGAAGCGGCAGUCGCCAAACUAAUGGAACUUCCAAAGGGUAACGAGAAUCUCGAUAUUGGAUACUUCUGA